UUAAAAAAGUUUCAGGAAGUACUUCAGAUGAUGACUCAAAAAACAAACGUGCCCUGAAGCGGUCUGAGCGGAGUUCCUGCUGUGUCAAAGUGCGGCUGUUUGUCAGAACCAGCCCAGACUGGUUCUGACCCACAAGACAACGAUGGUCCUGCUGCACAUCUCGCUGCUGCUGCUUCUUGGGAUGGCAGCAGGCCGCAACAAUCUCGGAGCGCCACAGGACAUCAGUAAGAACAACCCUCACCUCCUAAAGGCCCUCAACGUCGCUACUGAGUUCUUUAACAACAUGUCCAAUGACGCUUUCCUCUUCAAAACCUCCAACAUCCAGAAAGCUCAGCAGCAGAUCGUGAGAGGGAUCACAUAUCUGGUGGAUUUGGGAUUUUCCAGAACCGUUUGCCACAAGCGGGACAAGAAGGAUUUGGCUAACUGUGACUUCCAGCCGAAGGGCCGACUGCACCAGGUCUGCAACACAUUCCCCCCAAAAACGUUGGGACUCUAAAGUGUUUUCCACGUUGUAAUGUUGUCCUUCCGUUGAGGACACCAAGCGAUGAAGCAUCUCAGGUGUUAUUUUGUCUCAUUCUUCCUGCAACA